AGCAUAUAAUAGUUAUAAUAAUAUAUUUUUUUUUACUGACAUUAACUUCUCACAGACAAACUCUCUAAGAGAUGUUAUAUAAUCGGUCAGGUUUUAUUUAGCCAAUUAAAGAUACGACACUUUAGUGACAAUUAAAUAAAGGUAACGAGCAAUGCGAAUUCGUAGGAAGGAGUUAAUUCAUCACCUCGUGCAUAUCAUCUUGAACAGACAAACUGAACGACGUCGUGAUAAACAAGAAAUAUUCGACUAGUGCACGGAAAAGAAAACGAAACUUAUUAACUGAUAAGAUAAAUCAAUCGUAUCGCUCGGAAUGCUAUAUUGAUAAAACCUUGAACUAUAAGCUUGUGACAAAAAUAUCUAUACUUUUAGUUUGUCGAUUUAUGACAAAUGCAAUCUCCGAAAAUUUGAUAAAAAUUUGUAUGCUAUUUAAAAUCAAUUUUAUUAAUUUUUGGAACAUAAGUUUUGACAUGACACUUUUCAAAUCUGUAUAAAAUGUAAUUUACGCGCAUGAUUUUAGAGAAAUAUGUGCAAUCUGCAGAGUUUAGAAAGUUAUAAUGAAUGCAUUUGGGAAAAGAGAUAUUUUAUAUUUUAUUAUGGUGAUGUAGCACAAUAACUUAUUAGACUUUUACUUUAUAGUUGCCUUAUAGUUAAUGUAUUAAUUAUUACUUAUAAAAGUAUUCCUAUUUAUCCCUAUUUGCGUGCUCGUUUAAUUUAUUUAAUUGAGUUCAGUAAUUAUUUUUUAUGAUUAAACAUAAUUAUAAUUUUUACUGCCUUAUUUAAGAUGCUUACACUCAGCAUUGGCUGAUAAGAAUCAGUCGAGUGUGUAUGAUCGCAUACAGUCAGCUGAGUGAGUUCAGAUUAUACGUAAUCUUAUAUAAGUGCCACAAGAAAUGUAGCAAUGUUUGUUCGUCGAAGACAACAUAAACUUGUAUUUCUCUCAUUGCAUGGCGCGAGAAACUUUGUUACUGCAUAUCCAAUUGUGAGAUUACGUGAUUUUUCACGGUGUGAUAUCAUUCCUGGAAUUAGAAGAGACUCGCUAGUAGCUUUUAAUUUUUUUUUUAAAUCAAGAACACUUCUGUAAAUAUGUAGUGAAAGUCAGCGAUGGAAUUCACGCAUGCGCCUACAUUCUAUGCUUUGUUCCUUUCUCUCUUGUUCGUCAUUCAAUCUUGUACAUACAUCUGUUUCAUUUAAAGGUAUGCAAGAGCGAGAGAGCGCGAUUACACAUUCAUAUAUAAAAUGUCAGGAUCGUCGACAUCGAUGCGCUUCAGUAUCAACAGCAGUAGCGUGAAUUAUGUAUAUCGCAUAUUCGCUCAUACGCCUAAUAUAUACAUCUCUGCAAGCGUCGCGUCAUUCAGUCGGAGUCUGACGUCGUCCCGCGGCAGAGACGUCUUGCCGGUUCGCUGAAUCGGCUGAAGGUCGGAGCAGGAUCUGUCAAGCGUGACUCGCUGACAGGAAGUACGGUGCAGUGCGUGUCAGCUGUACGACGCGACUCCAAUGUCUUCGUCUCGACCUGGUGAACAUUCUGCCGAUUAUCAGCGAUUCAACAAUGAGACUGGUCUGCCGCUCGACCAAGAGAUCUCCAAUGGCUCGAGUCGACAAUAUGGCUCUAUACUGUCGUCGCCUUCUUCGGAAAGUCAUGUAAGGUCUUCAUUUGACAAUGCUAAUACCACUAAUCAGCUGGAUUGUAAAUACGAAACGGGUGAAACAGGGGCCGGAAGUAUGACUGAUAAUAUAAUGUUUACUACGCGCGACGCAGCUCUCGAUGUGGACAUGCAUUGGGAAAUGAAUUAUCAUGAAGCUGCAAUAUUUUUAGAGGAAGGUAGAAAUAAUGAGAAAUUUGAUUCUCAUCCGAGACAUCCUGAGGAUUUGCCAGCAUAUCUCUUAGUCCAUAACAGUUGCUACAAUGGAUUGGAUUUAUUGACUUCAAUGAUUCUGUUAUCUCUUGCAUUUGUAGAAGAACCUGCCCUCCCACUGUUCAAAGUACCAGUAUGGGUACAUGGUUCAGUAGAAUUACUUGCCUUAAUUACUAUUGGUGUGGAAUUAGCUUUAAAGCUGAGAUGGACUGGUUGGGCUCCUAUGUUAAAACAUAAACGCACAAUGCUGAAAUGUAUCACGUUAAUUAUCAUGUUUCUCGAAGCUAUGACAAUUCUGGUACGGCAAUCCUCGCAUUUCCGCGUAACGCGUGCCCUGAGACCUAUCUUCCUAAUAGAUACGAAAUAUUGCGGAGGUGUAAGGAGAUUUAUAAGGCAGAUACUUCUCACUCUACCGCCUAUCUUAGAUAUGUUGGGUCUUCUUUUCUUGAUUAUUGUAUAUACUAUAUUAGGCUAUUACCUGUUCAGUGAAAUGAACAGGAAUUUUUCCACGUUGCAAGAUAGUUUUGUCAGUCUAUUUGUCCUUCUUACCACUGCUAACUUUCCAGAUGUAAUGAUGCCGUCGUAUUCGCAAAAUAAGUGGUACGCGAUAUACUUUGUAUCUUAUUUAUGCACUAUGUUGUACGUAAUGAUGAAUCUAAUGUUGGCGGUGGUAAACGAAACGUUCACGUCUCGUGAACGCGACAAGUUUAAGAAACUGUUCCUGCAUAAGAGAAAAGCAUGUCAACACGCAUUUAAGCUCUUGGUUUCCAAACAGGAUCCCGACAAAAUGCGAUUCCGUCAGUUUGAAGGUUUAAUGCGCUAUUACACUCCAAACAAAUCCACACGAGACAUUGUUUUAAUGUUUUGCUAUAUGAAUGCAUCUGGUAGCGGCGCCUUAAAUUCUGAGGAAUUUCUGUCAAUUUAUGAUGCUACAACACUUCAAUGGGAUUUGCAAUACUCUAAUAUACCGUGGUACCGAGCCACGAGGUGGUGGCCCCUGCAGAUGUUGUGCACAGGCGCCCAUACUGUUAUCAAAUGGCCCUACUUCGAAACGUUGGUGUGUGUUAUUAUUACCGGCAAUUGUAUUGCCAUGAUUAUAAGAAUCUUAGAACCGAGUAGCAGUCUUGAGGAAUCUGCACAUGGGUUUGCUGCCUGUUGGGAUACUUUAUUAUUUGGGGGACUUUUUGUGGCUGAAGCACUGGCGAAAGUAUUAGCUCUCGGUAUCAGAUGUUACCUGAGCUCAGGAUGGAAUCUCUUUGACUUGGGAACAUCAAUAAUGACUCUUGUUGCCGCGUGCGGUCUUAUUUUAUUUCCUUCCGUUACAUUCCUGGUCAUGUUCCGGCCGCUCAGAACGUUGAGAUUAUUCAAGAUAAAGAAACGCUACAGAGAUGUUUUCGGCACCCUCGUGAUUCUGUCUCCCCUGAUGUGUUCGACAGCGAUCGUUAUGUUGGUUUUGUACUACUUCUUUGCGAUUAUCGGGAUGGAGCUGUUUGCCGGAUAUGAUAUGCGGAAUUGCUGCAAGAAUACAACCGUCGAAGAUUUCUAUGAGUACUCUAUCAAUGGUAGUUCAGCAUUGGGAUAUUACUAUCUUAAUACUUUUGAUAAUCUUUUAGCAAGCGGCAUGACACUCUUCGAAUUAACAGUUGUUAAUAAUUGGUUUAUACAAAUGAACGCAUAUGCAUUUACCGCUGGCAUGUAUACAAGGAUAUACUUUAUGAUAUUUUAUCUAGUGACAAUGAUCGUAUUGACUAUCGUAGUAUCCAGUUUCUUGGAAGCUUUUCGAUUUAGAAUACAAUAUAAAAAAUCGACUUCAAAACACGACGAAGAAAAAAUGCUCCACGAGGAAGUAGAAUUAAAGUGGAACGAGUUGCAAUGCAUAAUUGAAGAUUUUCAAACUUUGGAAAAUCUGCGCAACUCUUUGGUCGUUGGAGGAAGCACCUUGUUUAUCGGAUCGCGACCGCGAACGCGAGAAGUUCUACAGAGAAAGAUGUAUACUCAUGAGAUAAACGAGUGGAUAGCCGAAGUGAAGUCGGAGGAAAAGCAACUGGUACCUAAUGUAACGCGCAACACGGAAGAACCAAGUGGUGAUAGCACCUCCGACACAGACCAUCUUGUAAUGAAUGGCAAUUUAUGCCGUUCAAUAGAACAAUAGUAAAUUUAUCCAGGUAAAAGUAAAAGUAGCGACGUGACUUUAGAUCAUAUUUUGAAAUUUAAUUUCUAAUGUUUGCUCUUACAUUAGUAUAAAUACAUUUACUGUAUAAAGUAACUCACUUUAACAAUAAUUUAACAUUAACACAAAUAUUGCAAUUUUUGACAAUAGGAAAAGAUAAUGUAUUACGCAUUGGAUAAAAAAUCUUUUCUUAACUAUUAAUAGAAUUCUAAUAGAUACGAUUAAUUAUCAUCAGAUUUUAAUUUAAAUAAAUAUAACUUUUUAUAUAUAUUUUGAUAAUGCAAACUAGUCGUGUGAACAUUAUAAUUUUGUUCUACUUAAGAAACAAUUAUUGUGAUGACCUCAACUUGUGUUGAUACAAAUUAUAGUUUCAAACAGAACGAAUAAUUUAUGAAGUAGAUGUAAAUAUACUUUGAUACUCUGAUUAUUAUAUCUAGAUACAUCGUAAAACGCAAUACUCGCACUUUAGAUCAAAGUCAUUUUCAUAUCAUUUUGACACAGAAGAUAGUGUUAUUUUUGUUGAUUUUUAUAAACAUUUUAUUCGCAGUGUUGAUUAUUAUAAUUUUAAUUCAAUUAAAAAUUACAUAUAAUUACUAGAGCUUGAGCUGAAUCCGAAGCAGGAUGAUAUUUAUGCUUCUAUUUGUUAUUUUUUAUGAAUUUGGACGAAAAAUUUCUAUUUCUCCAAAAAUCCAAAUAUAAACGAAAUGAAGAGAAUAUUUUUUCCUCUCGGAUCGGUUCUUGUGUAUCGCGCAAAUCAAUAACGAUAAUUUACAAGUAUUUAUAUAUAUAGACAUCCGAUAUAUAUAUAUAUAUCAACAAUAUAUAUUGUUAUAUAUUAUAUUAGCGCGAAAGAAUAUUUCAUAGUUAUCUUCCCAUCUAUGAUGUAAUAAUUUGUAUAUAUAUUUAAUAGAUACAUGCUUUAUUUUAGAUUUAUCUUAUUGAUACAUGCUUUAUUAUUUAAUAUAUAGAGUUAUUAUAAAAUUCUCUAUUCUUCUUUCCUCCCAUUUAUAAUAUCAUUAUCAAUAAGAUUUAUAUUAUUGAUUUAUCUUAUUUGAUUCUAUAUGAAAAAAGAAUAGAGAAUUUCAUAAUAACUCAAUAUCUAUUUAUAUUAUGUUGUAUCCUAAUACUAAUUCUGUAUUUUACGUUCAAUCGUCACUCCAUUGCCACCCAAGCUAGUUGAUAUGACAUGGUAUGACUGUCUUAAUUUUCAUAGAAAACCGUAUCAAUUAUGUUUUCAGUAUUCGGUAAUAAGAUAUAUGCGUAUCCACCUCCACCAGCACCUGUGAGUUUUCCAGCUAAUAAAUUAUUUUGUGCAAUUGAGCAAAUGUUAUUCAGGGCAGGAUGUGAUACAUCUAAUGUACUAAGUAAUCCUUGGUUAAUGUUGAUGAGAGACUGCAAAACAUAUGAAUAUAUAUUAAACAGAAUGAUUAUUAUAUAAUUUUCAGCGAAUAAUUAUAUACAUGAAUCUUUUGUACAAGAAAAACGCACAUAAUUACGUUGAAAUAUGUAACAAAAUAUAUUUAAGUUAAUAUUGAA